AUGAGAUUUCAAUAUAACCCUGUAAUUAUACGAUAUCAAGACAAGAAGGAAAUAUAUGCCAGUUCAGGUAUCCAUUUGAUUAUCAAGCCAAAUAAACCAUCACCAGAAAAUGUCAACGAUAAUAAUUCAAUUAUUGAUGAAUUCUUCUUGACUAUAAAUCAUAUCCCUGAUUUGUCACGGUUUCAAAUAUUAAUUAGUGAAAAUUAUUUACCAACAACUGAUAAAACAGUUGAUCAAGUAGUAUGGUAUAAAGGCAAGUUAGAUAAAGUAUAUGAUUUACCAUUUGAUAAAUUUACUGGAUUUAAUGUUUUCCCAUUUGAUUCUUUUAACCAUACGUUACAACAAAAAAUUAAUUUGAUAAAAAUACAAUGUACAAAUAUUAAUAAUUUAUCAAUUCCAAUGAAUCAAUUUGAUAUUUCUGAGAAUAUAAAUGUUGGUGAUAAAAUCAAUAUUAUAUGUCAACCAUUUAUUCUUACCAAUUCAUUAAUAUUUCAAAAAUUUAAAUGUCAAAGUGAUAUUAUUGGUAAAUUAUUUAUUAAAGAUUCCAUUGAUGAUAAUUUCCAUUAUUUGUUGAGUGAUUUAAAAUAUCUUGAUGAUAUUCAUGGAGGAAUUGUAAUAUCCAAAUCUAAUGAAAAAAUAAUUGGAUUAGUUUUCGGUAAUUUAAGAAAACUUAAUGGUGAUGGUGAUUUAACGGUUAUUAUUCCCAUUGAAAAAGUUAUGGAAUUAAUUGGGUUACCAAAUCCUACCACCUCCUUCAAAUCAUCGUCACUUUCCUCCCAAAUUUAUUCUUCAGUGAUUCAACCAAAAAUCAAUCCAAGUAGAGACACUAAUAUUACUGAUUAUGUGAUGCCAUUGUUGAUAACAGAUUCUAGAGGAAAUAAUACAUGGGGGUCUUCAGUUUUGUUUCAAAAUAAUGUUUUAAUCACUAAUCAACAUGUCAUUCAACCAUAUAUGGAUGAUAUCAACAAUGGACAAUGUGUUGUGAAACCACAAACAACUUCUUUGUUUACUCUUGGUAAGAAAGAUAAAAUAAUUGUUCCUAUAUUGGGGAUUGAUCUUGUCUUUAUAUUUCUUAAUAAAUCAAUUGAUAGUAAAUCUGGUUCAGUGAAAAAUUGUCAUCAAUAUAAUCAAGGUGAUUCAGUUUAUUCUUCAAGUUUUGGAUUAAUUUAUACUGGAGUAUCAGGAAAUAUUCAGAACCCAAUUAAAUCAUAUGGAAUAAUUAAUCAAAUUAUAAAAUUAUCGAUACAACAAGAUUUGAAACAAGUUAUGAAUUGUAUGUUGAUUAGUUCUAGUAAUUGUUGGAAUGGUAGUAGUGGUGGUGGAUUAUUUAAAUUAAAAACUAAUGAAUUUAUUGGAUUAAUUUGUUCUAAUGCUAAUAUUAAACUGCCAUUACCAUUCAAUAAAAAUGAUACAAUUAAACUUGAUAAAUUUGAAAAAGUUCCAUCAUUUUCAUUUAUUCUACCAAUACAAAUUAUUGAAUAUUGUUAUUAUAUGAUAUUGUGUAAUCAAGAUACAACACAAAUAAAUUUAGAAGGAUUAAUUAAUCUUUGGAAUUUAAAUCCACAACAUCAAGAUUUACUUUUAGAGUCAUCAAAAUUAUAA